AUGGAGCUGCCCUGCCUGCCCACCGAAUCCCCCACCACAGCCAGCUCCUGCUCCACCGACCCCCUUUACGACAACUGUCUACCCCAUGCCGGGAGAGGAAGGGAUAGAGGGUUUAGGGAGAUGGAGAAGGAGAGAAAGAGGGAAAGGGGGGGACUUUGCAACCCUGCUGUAACCGGAAUCCUUCACCCCCCCUCCCCCCCUGGCCUGGCCCCAGCUGCAGCUGUGGUUCCCACACUGGGAUGGGGGAGAGACGGGAGAGGAGGGGGGAGAGGGACUGGCGUGCUGCCAGCUCACAGUCGCUGCAGCUGGGUAGGCCUGGGAAGGCAGGGUUGGGACAUGGGGACAAACAGAGCAGAGAGAGGAGGAGAGAGAGGAGGAGGAGGGAAUAAGGGAGCGCGGGAGGUGGAGAGCGUUCGGCAGCAGCAGAGCCCCAGCCCGAGCCACAGCGACGGAGACACACACGAGAGCGCUCUCUCCGUCUACGACAACCUCCACGCCGUGACCCCCGCUGAGGACGCUGCCAUGGAAACCACCGUGACCUUCCCCACGCCCCAGCGCUUCCUGAGGAUCCCGGUGCCGGUCUCGGUGCUGAUGGAUGACGGAGGGGUCAGUGGGGAGAGCAGCUCCUGGUCUUCCUGUGAAAUCCUCCUAGCAGGGAGCAGCGCCAGCAAUGGACCAGACCAGUACCAAGACCAGGACCCAGAACCAGAACUGGACUUUAACCAGGACCAGGAAGAGCCCAUGUUCCAACUCCAGCCAAUGAUCCAACCACAACCCCAUCGACCAGAUAACUUCUCCCAUCUCCAGCCCCUGGUCCCACCUCCACAGGCUUCUGCCACCCAUCCAGAAGAGCCUCUCCAGCAGGCUGGUUCUAUCCUUGUACCUGGGGCCCGGGUUCCCCCUCCCCUGCCCGUGGCAGACCCCUCAGCCAGCGCCCUCCGCAGCCUCCUCACCAGCCUCCAGCAGCAGAUAGCAAGGCAGAGAGAGGAGUAUGAGGAACGCAUACACAGGUAAGAACUUUACAUCAUCAUCCAUGGUGACACACACAUUUUGGCUUGCUUUUGGACUGACGUGAUUUCUCUGUGUACUUUCAGUGAUAAGGAGGAGUUGCAAAGGUUUUCUAUCCAGAUGCGUGUGUCCACUCUGCUGUUUCCCAUGUCCCCCCCCCCCCAUUAUUCCACAAACACUGCCUUUUCUUUUAUAUUGAUUCGACAUGACAUUAGUACGAACACAAGGAAUGAAUGUCAUGAGUGGCAUAUGAAAAAACAACACCAGUAUGAAUUCAAAAACCACACAAUUACACACUUCAUGAAGUUGUUUUCCUCAGGUUAAGUAAUAUUAUGCUUAAAAACACAAUGCUGCCAUGACUGUCUUAUAGAGGCUGUGUAGUGGUGGAUGGAAAGAGAGCUAUUUAAAGGGUCUGUGCUAACCUAGACACUAACACAUAUCUCACUACUACUGAUAUAGACAGACAGUCUCAAUCUCACCAGGCAUCCUGACUGGCCAUGCAACUAAAAUUAGGAGCAUACAGCACACAGGAACAAUGAUGUCUGACUGUCACAUAGGCUAAUUCACCGUCCUUAACCCUAACCUACGAUGGAUGCCCCCAAAGGGUACUUGAUCGAGGUGUUGGCUCAGGACCUCUCUCUCUUCCUUACCCUUUCCACUCUCUCCUUCUAACACUUAAGGAAAUGCAAUUGAGAUUCUCCCUGAUUCCUCAUGUCCGCUCUCCUCGCCUCCUCAUUUUGAGAAAGAGGCGAGAGGACGCAAUUGAGAUUCUCACUAACAGUUUGGAACAGAGGAACGAGGUGCUACAAGGAGAGGUGUUUGACCUGAGGGCUAACCUGGCUCAGCAGUUACUGGUUUGACCUGAGGGCUAACCUGGCUCAGCAGUUACUGGUUUAACCUGAGGGCUAACCUGGCUCAGCAGUUACUGGUUUGACCUGAGGGCUAACCUGGCUCAGCAGUUACUGGUUUAACCUGAGGGCUAACCUGGCUCAGCAGUUACUGGUUUGACCGGAGGGCUAACCUGGCUCAGCAGUUACUGGUUUAACCGGAGGGCUAACCUAGCUCAGUAGUUACUGGUUUGACCGGAGGGCUAACCUGGCUCAGCAGUUACUGGUUUGACCGGAGGGCUAACCUGGCUCAGCAGUUACUGGUUUGACCGGAGGGCUAACCUGGCUCAGUAGUUACUGGUUUGACCGGAGGGCUAACCUGGCUCAGCAGUUACUGUGUCCCUCCUCCUCCCCCACUCCUAUCUUCCUAACCUCUCUCUCCUCUGUCCCCCCCCUCUCUCACAGUCUGGAAGAGAGGAACGAGGCUCUCCAGGGAGAGGUGUUUGACCUGAGGGCUAACCUGGCUCAGCAGAGGCGGUGGUACUCUGUGGUCCAGGCUAAGAUCUUGGAGUCAGAGAGGGGCCGGGCUGCAGCAGACCUUCGCAACGCAGCCCUGCAGAGGGAGAUGGAGCAGUUCUUUGACACCUUCGGGGAGCUCAACAACGAGGCCAAGAAGACAGAGAAAAUCGUCAGGAGUUUCUGA